UCAGGGUUGGUCUUGGUAGCUCUUGUUCAACCUGUCUCCAGAACUGGCUCUUUUAUUCACUUAGGGAUGGGGUGGAAAUUAAUUCUCUUCUAACACAUAUCUCCGAGGCCUUUUACAUCAUAUCUGUUUGGAUCUAGAGUUUAGUAACAAGCCCUUAGUCAGUCUUCUGCCCAUGUGACCUUUGUUCCUGCAUUUUGGCAAUUAGAAGAGAAGGAGCAGUUGGUUAGUGCAGACAUGAAAAUGCAAUCUGCUGUCAGGAGUUGGCUGUUCGGGUCUCUGAUUUGUACUGCAUGGUUCCUUGUGAUUGCAACUGAAGGGCAUAAAGGUGCACAACCAGAAGUGACUACCAAAUAUGGGCGACUUCAAGGAAAACAGACCAGCGUGAAAGGAACAGACAGGCUCGUGAAUGUUUUUCUUGGAAUUCCUUUUGCAAAACCACCUCUUGGACCCCUGAGAUUUUCCCCACCACAACAAGCAGAGCCAUGGAAAGGUCUGAGAGCUGCAAUUUCCUACCCACCAAUGUGCCUACAAGACAUGGAGUGGUUAAAGACACUGGAAACAAUGUUAAAAGCUGUAUUACCUCCCUUAACGGUUUCUGAAGAUUGUUUAUAUCUGAAUGUUUACACGCCUGCCCAUUCAAACAAGAAAGCUAAGUUACCUGUUAUGGUGUGGAUCCAUGGAGGAGCUUUGGUGAUAGGUGGGGCUUCGAUAUAUGAUGGGUCGGCAUUAUCCGCCUAUGAAAAUGUGGUGGUAGUAGCUGUCCAGUAUAGAUUAGGUAUUACUGGAUUCUUUAGUACUGGUGAUGAACAUGCUCGUGGAAACUGGGGCUUGUUGGAUCAAGUGGCAGCUCUGCAGUGGGUUCAGGAAAAUAUUGAGUUGUUUGGAGGAGAUCCAGAGUCUGUUACUAUAUUUGGAGAGUCUGCAGGAGGAUUCAGUGUUGGAGCACACAUUUUAUCUCCAUUGUCAAAAGGUUUGUUCCAUAAAGCCAUAUCAGAAAGUGGAGUUGCUCAACUUCCUGGCUUCUUUAUUUCCCAUCCUCAAGCAAUUGCUAAAUUGCAGGUAAUUGCUAAUAUAUCUGGCUGUGAGACAACCAGUUCUGCCAUGGUUCACUGUUUAAGGAAGAAAAUGGAUAAGGAAAUAAUGACCCUGAGUGCUGACCUAAUUAAGCAAGAGGCAUAUUUCUUUGCAGUUAUAGAUGGUGUGUUUAUUCCAAAGAAACCCGAAGAGCUGUUGGCUGCCAAAGAAUUCAGUACUGUCCCAUAUAUCGUAGGAGUAAAUAACCAUGAAUAUGGCUGGCUUAUUCCUUCAGCACUUAACUUUCCUGGCAUAGAAAAAGGGAUGGAGAAACAAACCAUAAUCUCAUCAUUGCAGCUGACAUUGUCACAACUGAAGUUUCCAUCUGAAUCUGUGUCUGUGGUAGCAGAUGAAUAUUUAGGAGACACAGAUGAUCCUGCUGAGCUGCGAGACCGAUUUCAGGAUCUGAUGGGAGAUUUCCUCUUUGUUAUUCCAGCUCUUCAAGUGUCUAAAUAUCAUAGAGACUCUGGCGCUCCUCUCUACUUUUAUGAAUUCCAGCAUCGACCCAGUACUUAUAAAGAUACUAAGCCAGAUUUUGUAAAGGCGGAUCAUGGAGAUGAAAUUGCCUUUGUCUUUGGUAUGCCGUUCUUGGGAGAUGAUACAGGCAUAGUUGUUGAGGCUACGGAGGAAGAAAAACAUCUCAGCCGAACGAUAAUGAAAUAUUGGGCUAACUUUGCUCGAAAUGGAAAUCCUAAUGGCAAGGGUUUGGUGGAAUGGCCAGUCUAUGAUUUGAAUGACCAAUACCUGGAAUUAAAUUUAAAGCAAAAGAAAGCAGAGAAACUGAAAUGGAACAGAGUGGAGUUCUGGACAGAGAUCCUCCCUGAAAAUGUGAAGAAAAUAACUGAAGACAGGAAAGAGCACUCAGAGUUAUAAAUGAUAAUGUUUACAUUUGUAUCUUUCAAAUUUGUCACAGCAAAAUUCUACCAGAUAAUAUUGGUUCAACAGAAAAAGUUUAAUCAUGUUAGCACAUUUUUUAGUUUGAUUGAGGGAAGUGAGAGCAAAGCUCUGGACAUUAUAGAGAUUUUGUUGCUAACUAGCGAAAUAUGUGACAAAGAGGAAAACUCCAGAUCAUUUACAUUAAAUAAUAGGAGAUAUUAACAAUUGAAAAAGUGGGUUAAUUCCCCAACAGAAGUAAUUGAGGCACUAGGGGCAUUGGAGGGAAGACUAGAUAUACCAUUUAGGGAUUUAAUGUAAAGGAUAAUCUUGUAUUAGAGGAAGUACAGGGGGAUAGAACUCUGUAUCUCAGGAAGAGACCCAUCUUCUGAGAUAUGAAUCCAACAUGGUAUGUAUCUUUUAAACAGCAACACACAUUACCCUCCAAUAUCUACAUUUUGAUAAUGGACUGGAAUAAAAUUUGGAACAUAAAUUAUUUCAAAUAUCAGAAAAGUCUGAUCGGGGAAAGGUUAAAAAUAUAGGGCCAAAUGAUAUCCUGAGAUGCAUGCUUCUGUUUUCUGUUUCCUCAACCAGACUUUGAAUGAUGCUAGGUAGGGCUUUUUAUUUUAUAUUAAUGCUUUGGAGGGGUUUUUUUAAACAGAAAAUGAAAGAUCACACAUGCAAAGGUUGUUAGCCAAUCUCAGUGUACAUACACAUAUAUGUAAUAUUGCUAAAAGCUUAACCACACUCUCCCAUACCAAACACAGUGAAAAUAACUUACCAAGAAAAGAAACAUUAACAUCUUUUUCUAAAAUUAAAACACUCUAUCAUCUGACAUUUUUCAGUAAUAUUUUCACUUGUAAAAUUGCACAACAUUCUAUUUUGUAUCAGAUAAUUUCCCUUGUUUGAUUAAUUUGUCUUUUAUUCUUCCCUGGAUAAAUUAAAGCAAUGGAAAA